AUGAGAGCGAAUUUCUUCCGCCGGUCCGCUCUUGAUCCCUAUGUAGAUACAGCUGACGAUCGAUCGCUAACGAUCGGGUCAGCUGUGUGGCACAUAGCACGACGCAUAGUUGGUGGUCAAACGAUUCCGAUCGCCUCGGCUCCCUACGUGGUGGCCCUGGUAGAUAACCUUGGACAAUCAUGCUGCACUGGUGCUUUGAUAAGUUCUUGCUGGAUAAUGUCGGCUGCCCAUUGUGCGACAAACCGAGCAACUCCGGCUUUUAUCCGAGUCGGAUCUAAAUUUGGAAAUAAAGGUGGUGAGCUGUACGGAGUAGAAAAAAUAGUGAAACACCCGAACUACCAUCCUAGUGGAUACGACUAUGACUUGGUAUUGAUCAAGUUGACCAACGAUGUCCCGUUCAGUAGCGCGGUGAAACCGGUAAUGUUGCCGGCCUUGAACGAACCCCCCCUACCGGUCGGAAAGAUGCUCAUUGUGUCAGGGUUUGGCAAAACUAAAACUUUUGAAGAUGUGCUAAAUCAGCAAAAGCUGCGCUCUGUAAGUGUACCGAUUGUGAGUCAACACGACGGCCAGCUAGCCUACCCCGGCCGUGUAACAGACCGAAUGAUGUGUGCUGGAUAUCCUGACGGUGGUAAGGAUAGUUGCCAAGGCGAUUCCGGUGGCCCCCUCAUCGACGGUGAUACACUCGUCGGGAUAGUUUCUUGGGGCAGAGGAUGUGGCAUGCCCAAUUCCCCUGGAGUCUACGUCCGUGUCUCGGCUUUUCGUGAUUGGAUUAACGAAAUAACUGGAAUUUGA